ACCCCCCAUCCCACCGCUUGUGUGACCGGGCUGAGUUGAGGCUGCUUUGUCAAAAGAGACUGGCGCAGACACAUACAUACAUACACAGACAAACACACACACACACGCGAUACGUACACACAGAGAGACACCCACAUACUCACGAAGACUCGUAGAAACACACGCGCAUAAACACACACACACGUACUUACGCCUUACGUGCACACACGCACAUGCAUAGUGUUGUCAUCGGAGCGAGUCGCACGCACUCAUAUGCGCUUGAGUGCAUCACACAGGCAGGCAGGCGCACGCUCUCGUGUCUAUACACACAAACAGCGCCAUGCGUACGCAGGCACGCACCAUAGCACACACGCACACGUGUAACGCGUGCACGUGUUAGACACAUAGCAGCAGACAGCACACACACACACGCACGCACCAUAGCACACACACGCACACGUGUAACGCGUGCACGUGUUAGACACAUAGCAGCAGGCAGCACACACACACGCACGCACCAUAGCACACACACGCACACGUGUAACGCGUGCACGUGUUAGACACAUAGCAGCAGACAGCACACACACACGCACCAUAGCACACACGCACACGUGUAACGCGUGCACGUGUUAGACAUAGCAGCAGACAGCACACACACGCACCCUAGCACACACGCACACGUGUAACGCGUGCACGUGUUAGACACAUAGCAGCAGACAGCACACACACACACGCACGUGUAACGCGUGCACGUGUUAGACACAUAGCAGCAGGCAGCGCACACACACGCACCCUAGCACACACGCACACGUACAUCGCGUGCACGUGUUAGACACAUAGCAGCAGGCAGCACACACACACACGCACACACGCACCCUAGCACACACGCACGCGUAAUACGAGCUACGCACGCUCGUUGCGUGCACGUCGAGUACACAGGCGACGAGGAGCACGCACGCGCACGCAUGCACCGACACGUCGACGAGCGCGCGCACGCACCACUCACGACGCACGCGCAUCCACGUACACGCGCGUCUCAAUGCACGCGCGCGUUGUGAUAUACGUGCAAGCGCGUGCACGUACGGGAGUACACAGACCUACCCACGCUGUUGGUGCCGCGUCCCGAUCACUGGCGGGAUGAGCGGGGACCUCGACCAGGGAGUUCUGCAGAGAUACGCGAUCCGCAAGAGACUCGGCAAAGGGGCCUAUGGGAUUGUGUGGAAGGCCAUCGACCGCACGACUGAGGAAGUGGUCGCCAUCAAGAAAAUUUUCGACGCAUUCCGCAACCGUACGGACGCACAGAGAACAUUUCGAGAAGUCAUGUUUUUAAAGGAGUUUGACCACCCCAACAUCGUGAAGCUCAAGAACAUCAUCCGGGCGGACAACGACCGUGACAUCUAUCUCAUCUUCGAGUUCAUGGACACGGACCUGCACGCCGUGAUCAGGAAGGGGCGCAUCCUCAAGGACAUCCACAAGCGCUAUAUCAUGUACCAGCUGCUCAAGGCCACCAAGUACAUCCACUCCGGCAACGUCAUCCACCGCGACCACAAGCCGUCGAACGUGCUGCUGAACAGCGAGUGCGUGGUGAAGGUGUGCGACUUUGGGCUCGCUCGCUCCGUCGGACCGCUCGCCAUGGAGGGCGGCGCGGGCAGCAGCGGCGUCGGAGGAGGAGGAGGAGGAAGAGGAGGAGUGAGGGGCGACCCGGCGCUCACCGAAUGCGUCGCCACGCGCUGGUACCGCGCGCCCGAGAUUCUGCUCUCAACGCCCAGGUACACGAAGGGCGUGGACAUGUGGAACCUGGGAUGCAUCCUCGGGGAGAUGCUCACGGGGAAGCCGCUUUUCCCCGGCGAGUCCACCAUCAACCAGCUCGAGAGGAUCAUGGCCGUGGUGCCGCCACCUUCACGGGACGAACUCAUGGCGAUCAGCUCGGACUAUGGGCGUUCAAUGGUAGAAAGACUCAUGGCUCAGAAGCGCCGCUCGCUGGGGGAGCUGGCGAGGGGAGCGCCCCCAGAGGCGCUGGACCUGUUGUCACGUCUCCUCGUCUUCAACCCCGAGCGGAGGCUGACGGCGGCCGAGGCGCUCGCGCACCCCUACGUGUGCCGGUUCCACGACCCCCCCACGGAGCCGUCCCUCAAUUACGACGUGGUCCCUCCCGUCGACGACAACACCCAGCUCUCCGUCAACGAAUACCGAAGCCACCUGUACGAGCUGAUCCUGGAGAGGAAGGGCAGCAUCAAGCACCUCCGCCGGGGUGACGCAAGGGACGGCAAGGACCCCCUGCAGUCAUUGUGCAGUGACCCCAUAGAGGUGACCUGCCCCUCGUCCACCGCGGAGUUCCACAGGGAGUCCCCCCACGGGUCGCCUGUCGCCUCCUCCACCAAGCUGCUCAAGGCAGGCGGCGGCCAGGGCAGCCCCGUCGCCGCGCACGGGAGCCCCUCCCAGAAGCCCCUGUGGCACGGUCCAGAUGCGCUGAGCUGCGUGCAGUUGAACCAGCAGCUCCCUGUGACCUCCGACCCCUCAUUCCGGCCGCCCCUCACCCGCUCGCUGGAGGCAAGGGGCAUGAGCACUUUUGCCCCGGCGGUGGCCAAGGCGUCGUCGCUGUCAUCAACGACGGAGGAAGACGAGGAGGAUCUGGAGGAGCUGGACGACGAAGAGGUGGACGGUGACGAUGAUGAUGACGACGACGAGGAAGAGGUGGUGGUGGUGACGAGGGCUUUGUCCGGGCGCCGGGGGGAGAAUCGUGGGGCGAGUACGGCGCUUCAGGCGCGCGAGCGCUCACCGACGCAGCACUCUUAGUGGGGGGGGGGGGUGUGUGUGUGGGCGACGUGGACACGUGCACGUACACACGCACGCUAACGCACACACGCAUUCACUGCCAAGCUUAGCCACACACAAACUCAAGCCGCUUGCUCGCUCACUCAGCGACUUACUCGCUCAUUCAUCUGCCCUCUCGCUCACUCACUCGCAUGUCCACUUGCUCGCUCACUCACGCACUCGCUCCCUCAUUCACCCACCCACCCACUCACUGGCUCACCCAUAUAGCCACUUGCCCAGCUACUCACACACUCGCUCCCUCCUUCACCUACCCACUCAUUCACUCGCUCAAUCACCCACCCACAUGCUCACUCACUCAAUCAUAGGACCACUUCCUUAGCCACUCUCUCACUUUGGUACCCAUCCACUGAUCCACGAUCUCAUUCCUUCACUCAAUUACUCACUUAACUACUCACCCACGUACUCUCCCUCUCAUUCGCUCACCCAUGCAAUCACACACUUACCCACUCACUCACGCACAUGCACUUUCGCUCACUCACU